CAAACAACCUCUCUCUCCACACUCUCUUUUCCAGUGUUGUUCGAUGCUUUCAAGAAGACCUAUUUACAUUAACAACUCUAGUAGGAUACCUUCUUGCUAACCCAGCAUCACUCCGGCUCUGGCUCGCUGUCCAGAAUCUACCAACGCUCAAGGAAAAGUUCGACCUUACAUCAAAGAAGCAGGCAGUUCUCUUGUGCACUAUUUUCCUCGUUGUGUUUGGGGCCGAAUUUGUUGCAUUUUAUUACGGAAGCGUCGGGUUCUUGGUGGUCUUGGUAACUGACGCAGCUGUACUAUUUUAUGGGAUACACCUCCUAUUCUUCCUUAUAGAGUUUAGCGGUAUCAUAAAAUGGAGUGUCCAUAGAAACAUUCGAGGAGAUGUCGUCUAUCGACGUCUUGCUCAGAAAGCAAGUAAGGGGCGAAUUGCUGCGAUUAUUGGCCUGUUUCUGGCUGCUGUAGCUACCAUGGCCGGUGCUUUCGUGGCUGAGUACCAGGUUUUCAUCGCUCUUAUCGCUACUGCUGUCGUCUUCAACGUAUCUCGCCCAAACGGAAUUGAUAUCUCAAUGCGCGUCCUUAUUAUCGCGUUCCUCACUAUGGCUGGCGCCCUACUUGUUCUCGUUGGCGUUAUAGUUUUCUACGUUGACCCCGCGUUAUCAAAAGUUUCACCACCCUCCGAUGGUUCUCAUGAGGCGCCCUCUGCUUGGCAAACCCUGCUGACCGGGAAGCUGUGCGUGUGGAUAUUUGGCUCCAGCUAUGCCUCUAUUCCUGGAUAUGUGAUUACUGCCUCACUGCGCUUUGACUAUCAGAAGCACCUGGAUGCGUCGGAGAGGCCCAGCGAAUUCUCACUUCAGGACGCCGCGGUGGCUGGCUGCCCCGGAGGCUAACAAAGGAAAAAAGCAAAAGUGUGGUGACGGUGUCGUUAUCCCGAGGAGAGGUCCGACCGCGUUCUCUAAAUUUUACUACGCAACUACUCUUGUC